AUGAUUAACAACAUGUUUUGGAAUUUUGGCAUGGGGAAGGCGAUGCAGGCGCAGCAGCUGCCGCGGCAACAGCCACGGUCCGCUGAGAUGGAAGGCCUCACGCCAGAUGCAGCAGCGUUUGCGGCAUCCAUGAACCUGGACGGUAAGGUGCAGCAGGCCCUGGCCGCACUGGACGGCGAAGCUCAGAGAAUCGCCAUCGGACUGGUGGACCUCCAGGCCGCGCGCAACCCCUCGGCCGUGAUGUGGUCCAUGGUGAAGAGGUUACGCGAAGCGCGGGCCGAGGCGUGGGAACAUGCAAUCUCGGAUCUGCUUCGGAGCCUCUAG